AUCAUAAAUUCAUAAUUAAACCACCAGUUGAGAAUAGAAAGAUAGAAGGGAAGACUGAAGAGGUGGUUUUGGCAAGUUGUAAGAAUGAAUUGAAUUAAUGGUAUUACUAUUUGAUGGUAUGAUGUUAAUUUCAGUUGGCGCCAAACCAUAUCUUGUGGGCUUUGGCUUUGGCUUUUUAUGCAAAAUAAUAUGUAUUAUAUAAUCCUAUCCUAUCCCAUUUUUCUACUGCUUCUAAUUUGUCCCAGUUCAUUUCAUCAACCACUCUUCUCUGUCGGUAGUUUCUUUCUCCAUAAAUAUAUCUUUUUUUCUCAACUCAACUCUUCUGGGUGGCUUUUCUUUCUCUGAGGUCGCUGGCCUUUGUUGGGUUCAACUUUUCAAUUUCAUUUCUUUAAAGGUACAAUUAAACAUUAUAUUAUCCAUGGAAAUUGGUAAAACAAGAAAUUCCUCUGGCUAUGGCAAACCUCCAUGGAUAUUCAAAGGAAGUGCAUUGUAUCAACUCCAUCUUGUCAAAGCAGAAACUGCUCGAGCAUGUAUCCCAAAAGAGUUUAAACUGGUUGAAGCAUUUGGGGUUCCUCUUUCACAGGUAUACUCUGGGAGGGUUCUUUCUAGCAAACUAUGAGGACAGUCCGGCUGGAGUCUUUGAUGAGCUCGUUGUGCUUGCGGGGCUUGUAUGGAACCCACCAACAUCUUGCGCAUGGGCCACUAAGGUGUUUGUGAACAGUAAUGAAGCUUGUGAACAUGGAAGAAAGGAAGUGGGGCUUCCAAGUCAUGUGGCAAGUUUCUCAAAGAGAAUUACAGCAAUACCAAAGCAAAAAAGUAAUAAAACCAUUGGAUUUCUAAAUAUGAUUGGUAUGACUACUACUACUGGUACAGCUUCCUCUAAUUCGAUAGAAGAUUGCAUGGAUGUCCAAGUGACUGAAGUCAAAAGCCCUUGUGUAGAAGAUAGCUGCUCUUUUAACCUUACUACCACAUUAGUGCCAGCUGCAUUGAGUUUGGGCAAGUGGAUGGGGCCAACCAUUAAAAUGUCUCUUCCAAGCUUUAGCGGCCGUACAGAAUAUACUCCAGACUUGUUCAAGUAUUCUUGCAAGAUUCAGUGCAGAGUGCGAGCAGUCCAUCCAACAAAAGUGUCAAGAAACAGUGAGUUGGAACAAUGUUCAGAACAGGACAAGUGCAGCAGUAGUAUUAGUACCACUACCAUGGAUCAUUCGACCAGUGCAGCUGUGAUGCUAUCAAAGCCCAUAUUUGCAUUGAAAUUCAGCUGUAUGACUAUGGAGGUUGAAGCUCCUGUUGUAAUUUCCAACUGUUCUAGUUCUAAUAAUCCCUUGAGAACUUGUUAAUCAAGAUAUUAUUCUUUAUGUUGAAUGAAAUCCCUUAUCCCUCUAUGAAUAAAAGAAAGAGAAAAAAAUGCACUCU